AUGUGCUUAGUAGCUACUUCUUCAGUUAGCGAUGCGGGUGUUGCCACUGCUGCCCUCGAGCCCGGUCCUUCUGACGACGGCACCAUCGGUGGGAACGAAGACCCUGGGCGUGGCGGCGUGAGUGUUGCCGUCCGGCCGGGGGACAGAGAGGGCUUGGCGACUGGAGGAAAGCACGGCGAGGCUCCCGGCGAUGACCAGGCCGCAACUGUGGUGUCCGUGGCAGAGGCAUCACAGCAGCAUAUGACGCUGCUCCCCACGCCCGUGGUCGAAGUAUCUGCUGCAGUGAUAGAUAAGGAGAAGAAUGCCGCGCACGAUUGCACGGAGGAGCCGAAACACGACAUUGCCGACGUCGGUGGAUCUCCUCCCUCUGGGGGACGCGGGAGGCGUAGGCAGAGGAAGAGCGAUGGGGAGGAGGAGUAUGACACCCCCGUGGCCGAGGACAUCCCCAUACGCGCAAAGAGGAGGCAGACGACAGCCAGCGGUGACGACGCCGGUGGUGCUGAACGCGGCAAAGAAGGCCCUGGUGAAGCGGAUGUUGAGGACGAGGGGGAUGGGGAGGAGGAGGCCGAGGAGGAUGCGGAGGAGGAGGACGAGGAUGCAGGGGAGGAAGAAAAGGACGAGGAUGAGCAGGAGGACGACGAUGAUGAGGAGGAGGAGGAGGAGGAGGAGGAGGAUGGCGACGAGGGGAAGGAGAAGGAGGACGAUGAGGAUGAGGAUGAGGACGAGGAGGAGGACGAUGAGGGGGAUGACGAGCUUGACGAGGAAAAGAGUGAGGAGGAGGAGGAGGAGCAGGAGGAGGAGGAGGAGGACGAGGAGGAGGAGGAGGAGGAGGAGGAGGAGGAGGAGGAGGAGGAGGAGGAAGAGGAGGAGGAUGAGGAGGAGGAGGAGGAGGAGGAGGAGGAGGACGACGUGGAGGAAGAGGAGAUGGAGGAAGGGGCGGAUGAGGAAGAGGAGGAGGAGGAGGGGCCGGCAGGGAAAGGACGGGGCGCGCGAGGCAGACGGGGGAGUGGCACAGGGAAGGUGGGGGGCCGGUCUGACCCUAACAACACCGUGUUCCACCCGUGUUUCCUCGCCGCAGGGAAGGAGAAGGUUGACGAAUCGGCUAAACCGGCCCCCCGUGUUACAGGCAUUGGGCCACCGGUAAGCGUGCAACGGAUGCAGCUAACGAAAGGGGCCGGAAGAGCGAGUGUGGCACCGCUAUCCACAGGAGCACCAAGGUUCUUCACGCCAUACUCCGGCCCGAGCAAAGUCGCUGUCACUGCACCCGGCGCGGCUACAGGAGAGGAAUCCGAAUCCCCUCCACCAGCCCCCGUCACGCACUCCCCACUCGCCUCUCCCUCUUACCCAUUUCGGCCACUACACGCUUCUCCUGUCCGGGGCAGGGCGGUCUCCCCCCUCGCUGGUCCAUCGCGCGGGCAUCAACCAAGCACUUCUGCCAAUGUCUUCCCUGAGCCUCCCUUUCCCCGCCAGCGUGAUAGUGUGAGGGCACACGGGGCUGCUGCUGAAGACGUUGAUCCCCUUGGCCAGAGAGGGGUUUCUACACACCCUUUUCCGGAUGUCAUGGAUGCGCUGGGCGAAGGUGCAGAGCAUGGGCAGUUUGUUACACGAGACGAGUUCCAGCAGCUACGGUCUGAGAUGUAUGUCAUGUUUGCUCAGCUCGGCCUGCGUCGUGGAGCAACUGCCAGCUAUGCCGGGGGGACUGCAGUGGUGCCUAUGGCUGGUACCCCGCCGCCGAUGAGUGCCGUGGACAGGGCACGUGUGCUUGUGCUUCGGGAGACCAACCCAUUCCCGGCGUUUGCUGAACUGUUUGGGCACACCAACAACGCACCCGCCUUCAAGCUCAAGGCUCGUGUUAAUGAGGACCCUGACACAGGCGAGCGUCGCUAUACCACGCCAGAAACAGGAACGUGGUGGAACGAUGCUCAGGAACACUUCGGAUGGUCCGAAGUCGUGGGGGGUAUCAUCCUAUAUUCAGAUGUGACGCACAUGAGCAACAACGGCCGGAAGAAGGCGUGGCCGCUCAUGAUGACGCUUGCCAACAUCUCCCAGGCCAAGCGAUGGGGGAAAGCCGGGCACACGCUACUUGCUCUCCUUCCUAUCCCCCCUUCUGCAAUGACUGCCGUCGAGAAGGUGAUGCUCUUCCAGCGAUGCGUCAUCACCGUGCUGCAGCCGCUUCUUGAUGGCAUGGACAGAGUCGUCCUGGCUGUUGCUGUUCCCACUCUAGCCGUUCCUCGCAGCGGCUUCCGUCUCAAGGACCCUUUCGGCGAUUGGCAAACAGUGCGGCCACUGCUGUACGCCUGGGUGUGCGACUAUCCCGAGAGCGGCAAGAUCAGUUGCACACUCUCGCAUGGAUCGCGGAUGCCGUGCAGCAUCUGCUAUGCUGCAAAGCCCCCCGUGCUACACCAGGAGCAUUUGGUUGCUGUCAAGGCACGGAACACGCCGCGCACGCCUGAACAGCAGCAAUGGAUCGUGAAUGAGGCGGCUGGGUUGACAUCCGAACUAUUAGCGCUGCUAAUAUUCUUCAGCAACCGAACUUACUCGAAAUCUCGUUGA